GUGCUGCCACGUGGCUCAACCAGGGGACCCUCCCCCCAGGUAAAACAUAAGGUACUAUUAAACCCCAGGUGGUGAGGUAGGGCACUCCACUUGGUGGGUGUACAGCAGAGGGCGAGCGAUGAGGGGCGGCAGAGUGGCAGCAGCGCGCCCAAGGCCCAGCCGCGAGGCAGCAAGGCGGCAAGUGAAGGUUGAGUAUCGCACUGCACUCACCUGCACCUGGCUCACCCGAGGACCUUCCCCCCCAGGUAACCCCAGGUGGUAACAGCCAAGCCUAAGGUAAGGUUCAGCCGGUAUGGCCCUAUGGGUGAGCCCCUGUACCCACCCACUCUGCUCGUGAACUUUCUGCAUCAGUCCCUUGUCUGGUGCAUCCACUUAUCGCCUCCCUCGCUGCCCCUUCCUCCCCCCGCCCCACUCUCCCAGGCCAUCCCCUUGGCGAGUGCGCAGCUGAGGGCGAGAGAUGAGGGGCGGCAGAGUGGCAGUGUCGGCAGAGUGGCAGUGGCGGCAGAGUGGCAGUGGCGGCAGAGUGGCAGAGGUGGCAGCGAGCAGCACAGCCAAGCUGCCUGCAGUGGGGGGGGGAGGAGGAGCGAGGCAGCAGGGCAGGGCGAGCAACAGGGUGCAGCAGAGGGAGAGUAUGGAUUGGGUUUCAGCCACACAUGGUGCUUGCAUGAGGGUGGGAGGAGCAAAGGCAGCAGAGCAAGCGACUGGGGUGUGCAGAGGGAAAGUAUGGCAUGCGGUUUCUGGGUUCUGGCCAAGCAUGCUCAGUAUCCUCUCCCCCCUGCACCCACCCACCCACGCCUGCUCGCCACACCAUGCCAUGCCUUGUUUGCUCCCCUCAUGCUUUCUCGCCUUCAAACCACACCACUUGUGCAACCAAGCUCUUAACCCACAGACCAGCAACAGCUGGUAAAUCCCCAGGUUAAGACCCAGGUUAAGCCACACCCCCCCUAUCAGGUACCCCCUCUUUGCAGGUAAAAACUUACGCCCCCCCACACCCGCUGGUCUGUGGAUUGGCGCUGCAGUUGCACAUUUGAUGUCCCCCCCCUCGUUGUCUUUUCCGUCAUGCACGCGCUUCUCACUCUUGCCAAUCCACUCUUCAGAUAUCCCUUGCUUUCCUCCCUGGCCCACUAACUUCCCUAUCCUCCUCCCGCCUCCCCCUCCCCCCCUCACAGGUCACCUGGAUUCGAAGCAGCAGCAGCAGCAGCAGAAGCAGAAGCAGAAGCAGCUGAAGCAGCUGCAGCUGAAGCGGCUGAAGCAGCAGUAGGGGGGGCUAGGUAGCUAGAGGGCAGGCUAGUGUGAGAGAGGUACCAGGUGAGGUGAAGUAUGGGAUGGCAUGGCAUGGCAUGGUGUGGCAUGUGCUUGGUCAUGCUUCACACCUCUCUCUUCGUCUCCUCCCCCCACCAGGUGUGCUCCUGCGAUCAUGGCCAUGGCUUCUCACUGCGCAAGGAAAGGAAACGAGGUGCCCCCCCCUCACCACCCCCUCUCCCUCCAUCCGCUCCCCUCACCAGGUGAGUGAGCGCUCCAUCCAUGGGCAAGGCAAAGGCAUGGCCGCUGCUCUGCUCGCAGCUGCAGAGGAGGAGGUCCCCCACUCACCACCCCCUCUCCCUCCAUCUCCUCCCCCCACCAGCUGUGCGCUCCAUGCAUGGGCAAGGCAGGAGAGUAGGAGUCCCACCCCCUCACCAC